GGAGGUCAUAAAGGUCGGGGAUUGCCUUGCAGGGCGGUUGGAUUUCGAAAUACCACGUCACGUACGUCAACGAAGCUAGCUAGCUGCUCACUCGAUAUCGCGAUACGAGCGAACGGGUUCUGAUGCAGCUGAUUCUUCGCAACUUUCUGCGGUGAUGGAUGAGAUGGCGGCGCUCGGAAUCACUUUCUGCCUUGCUUUUCUCGGUCUCCCAGGCCUUUCUGAGGCAAGGGAGUUUUGUUCAGUGGGAGGUUACUGGUGCGACACAGGACACUGCUGUGGAAAUGGAGACUGCUGCACAUAUUACUAUGAACUGUGGUGGUUUUGGCUGGUCUGGUUCCUGAUAGUCUUCAUCAUUGGAUUCUGUGUCUGGCAGCGGAAGAGGUUCCAUCCCUGGAGAGGGAACGCAAAUCACCGCACAUGCUCAAUUCAGGAUUUUCUCAGGGGUUUCAAUUUUGACAAUAUCACACCAGUGCCGCCAUGCAAGUUGCCAUCUUAUUCAGAAAUAGGAGACACAGUAGGCUACGACACACCGCCUCCGCCGUACACCUACUAUUACAUCCAGGCUGCCAGCUCGGGCUUCAGUAACAGCAACGGGUCGGACUGUGAGAUGUGCGGUAGCAGCAGCGGGCUGUCGCCUCUGACGCCAAGAUUGACGACAGAAGUGGCGAUAGAAACAAGAGGAGUUGACGGGGAGAGCAGACUGGAGACACCAGACUCCAGUGAGGCCCCGCCCAGCUAUGCACAGCUCAUGGAAACAUCUCGCGAAAGAGAAAUGCGUGCCGUUGCCGAGGCACUGACACAGACUCUAACACCGUCCCGUACCCCUGCUGUCACCCCUAGUGCCACACCGGUUGUGUCGCCGCCUGCGACACCAGCUCUAUCAACUCCGCGACCAACGCCUGCAGCCACGCCCUCUGCCACGCCCAGACCAACGCCAUGUGCGACACCCGCCAUGACGCCAUUAGUAUCUAGAUCGCCCAAGUCCUUCUCCCCGGCUGGCACACCCAAGCGUCUGUCGCCAGCGGCCAGCCCCAUGAGGCAGUGCAAUGAACAUGGGGGAGGGGCCAGGAGUGGCAUGACCACACCCACAGCCACACCCUCACAUCUCACAUCCUCAGGAAACUCGUUGGCAUCGGACAGGGCCGUGACUUCAACCAUUGUGGACUUGCAGAUCAACGACAAAGGAUCGCUGAACUACAUCACCAGGUUGACGUGAGAUAAACUCGGUCACAAAAUAAAAAUUGCAUGUGACAGACAGUGUCGGUUAUUGACAGAACACUGAGAUGCAUGCACAAUAAAAGCCAGUCUGGUGCCUCUUCAGUGUCAAAGUUCAGUGCUUGAAGUCUGUCACGACCUCCAAGGUCAUCUGAAGAACCACCACAUUGUCCCAACCCUCCCCCUAAAUGAUGGUGAGAAUCAUUUAGUGUAUCAUUUGAAAGCCGUUUAAAAUAAAAUGGCUGUUUGCAUUAACAGAUUUCGUUUCUGAACAUUUGUAAGGAUUGUUUGUUACACAUUUUUGUUGAAUGGUCUCUGAGAUUGACACAUACAUUUAUGACAUGUACCGUAAGUCAUCCCAGAAUGAUGUUUUGAGCUGGUGGUUGUGCUUACGGGCUUUGUUCGAAGCUUUCAUUUAUUUACAUGCAUGUUUAGCCAAUUGUUAUUCUUAUUUCAUGCUAAGCGGCAGAAAUCUGUGUUUGGUCAUUUAGUAAUUAGCUUAAAUUAGCAAUGCAAGGAGAGGCAGCUGUAGGUAUAUUUAUUUGUAGAUUUGGUCGUUUUCUUCCUUUCCAAAGAUUUCUUUAUAUGUGUGUGUGUGUUAACAUCUGUGUUAUUGUUACCAGAACAAAAAAAGGAUUAAGGUGUUGUUUUCGAAUAACAUCCAACUAAAUUUUUCAAAAAUUACUUUUUGUAAGAUUGGGUGUCACACUUGGAAGUGUGGUAGAGCUGAAUACUUUGCUCACAGAGUUCUGUUUGUGGGGUUUUUUUUUUUUGGGGGGGGGUCCAUGCAAAUAUUACUACUGUACAGAGAAUGCACCAUUUAAUUCAAUUGUUUUUGAUAUUUUCAUAACCCAGUUUUGGUGGGAUGCACGUUGCUGUUUCCACACCAAACUGAAAUGGGAUUUGUUUGGCCAGUGCCCAUUGGAUCACUGUGUUAUGACUAUUAAUAAGAAAGUGCCAUUCUUGUUAGUUUCAUUGGUGUUGAAUGAAAAAGUUUCUUCAAUGUUCACAUUUUUGUUCUAGCCAGCAAGUUUCCAUACGCGGAAAUGUUGCACAUUUAAAUCGUUUGCAGGUUUUUGGCAUUGUUUGGUGUUUUUGAAAAUGACUUUAGAUUUGUUCUCUUUAAUUGAUGUUAUUUCGUUCUUGUAGGUUAUUAGUGCAAUGUACAUUGUUACAAAGCAUAUAAAGUGUAUUUUUCACAUUUUAACAUGUUUUUCCUUAAAAUAGGAAAGAAAGAAAAAACACUGUGCCUGACAGAAAUAUGUAUGUUCUUGUUUUAUAUGUGAAAAUCACCCACCCAUAGAACAGGCAAAAAACAGUUAACAGAAAUAGUUACUUUCUUAUUGCUGCACGAACAUGUAGAUAAAAGGCUUUUGUUGUUUCUGCCCAUAAUUAGAGAACUGGUUUCUGUGAAACUGUGUACCUUCAUGUAAACAAUCAUUAUACAUGUGCGUAAAUGUACACCAAUUCAUUUGACAGUGACAGAUGUAUAUAAUACUCAAACAAAAGUACCCAAAAAAUACAUUAAAAAAAGACAUUUUAUUGACAUUAAUUGUUGAAUUUGUCACUGAUAUAAUUACAUUUAGAUAUAAUAAAGACAAAAAAAAUGUAACACUAAAAUGUGAAAAUACUAGUGCAUGAUCAACAUGUAAGCAGUAGAGAAUGUUUCAGAAUUUCAUUCAAUUUUGAUAUCUGUUUGAAAUUCUCUGUAGAGUUCAAAAUGGCUUAUAAUUGAGUCUUUCAAUAUACCAUCUGUUUAAAGGGCUCCUUUGUUGAAAAAAAGUUAUGAUUUUCUUUUUUCAUUUUUGCUUCUGAGUUUGGAGUUGGUGUUUUCUCCAGUUUCUCUUGCAUGUAGGUGUAUUUGUUAAGUUUGCAUUUAAAAUGCUUGAACAAAUUAUUGUAAUUUAUUAUCAUUAAGAAUAUUUUGUCUUGUUACUUACAGACAUUUUAGUCGUUAAAUUUGGUGUUAAAACAUGAUGGAUUUUUUUGGGGGGGGGUUGGUUUUUACUUGGAAGAUAUUAACAUUUGGUUUUGGCUAAAUAUUUGUUUGAAAACCACCUACAGUGAUGGGUGUUUUCUCAAUUGUAUACAAAGAUUUUUUUAUAUUUAAACUAAAUAGAUUUGGUGCAUACUGUCUGGUUUUUGAUGUUCUCGUGUGAGUUUGGUAUGGAUGAAAAUCAAUCAUUGGACAUGCCAUAAAAUAUGAGAAUAGUUGUUGAAGCAAAUUCCCACCUAUGUAAGAUGAACCCCUUUUACGCAUUGGGACCAUCAUCUUAUUAAAAUGUAUCAGUGUUUUUUGGUCAUUGGUGCUAUUUUUAUAUGUGUGUAGCACCAACUGGUUGGUCACACACGUUAUUAUGUCACAGACAUUUUUUCCUCCCAAAGUUUCAAAGUGUAGAAAUUGCUAUAACGCAUAGAUUUAGUUGUUUUUUGACAGUUGUAAACUUGUUGAAGACAAAUACAUACUAUGUAUGUUUGUGUUUUUCAUUGGGAACAUGCAUCACUAAUAGCAAUCUUGAAAUACUGCUGUCUGCCUGAAGCUGAAAUGUUUGGGCUAACAUUUUGCACAGUGAAAGUUGUGGAUAAGCCAUUUCCAUUUCCACAUUUCCAGCUUCUUUGAGAUCUUAGUGAAAUACGUGUACAAGUAGUUAAAGGUGAUGCAUGGUCUAUAAGAAUUGUUAUUUUACUUCAUAGUGGAGCUGGGGUAUACUAGGGAAGCAAUGACGAAACUUUAAACGUCAAGUUGAAAAAUCUGAUUAACAGGUUUCAUGGUUGACUUUAAACCUUUUGGUUUUAACAUCCAUCAGCCAAAAAAAGGUAAUGCAACUGUCAAGCGUUAUAAAGUUUGGAAAAGCUGCAACUCACAGGAAAACAAAACAUUUGUAAAAGUUAUUGCGACCUAGCUGAUCUUGGGGUAAACAGAAAGGGUUUUGGUGUUUUGUUUCUAAGUCUUGUUAGAUCUUAGAAAUGGAAAGUUUAUUUGUGAAGGGUAACAGUCUUUGAUUUUAUAGUUGACCUCUGAUCGAAGUUCAAGGUCAUCGUAAAAGUCUUAACAAGGCUGAAUUACAGUGGCAAAAACAAAUGUAGUUUGUAUAUAAUAAUAAUUAAAAAAAACUUUGUAAAUAAUAUCGUACAGUAUUCUCCCAGUAUAAUGUCAUGCCAAAGAAAGUAUACAUUAAUACAAAAAUAAUGGAAACAAUU